GCCUUGCGAGAGAGCUUGAUAUAGAGCGACUUGGUAUCUAUCGCAGCAGCAUCGCACAAAGGCAAGACUGUCGCAGGCAGUCCAAUUGCGUUGCCCAUCAUGGCCGCCGCACUCCUCCGCAGUCUCUUCUCCCCGGCCAUCCGGCCAUCCCUCACAGCCGCCGCGCCAUCAGCCUCAACAUCGCCCAUCUCUCGACUCCUCCUCCAGCCUCAAUCCUCAUCAUCGAUCCUCUCGCCAUUCCGUGCCGCUGCCUUCUCAACAACGCCCGCCCCCCAAGCCACCCUCAACCAAGUCCUGCGCGGCAUCCGAAAGGGCAAGCGAGCGCGCCACGCCGUGUCCCCCGCGCUGUCCAACACGCACUGCCCGGCCCUCAAGGGCGUGUGCCUGCGUGUCGGCGUCGUGAGGCCGAAGAAGCCCAACUCUGGUGAGCGAAAGACGGCGCGUGUGAAGCUCUCUUCCGGGGCGGUCGUGACGGCGUAUAUCCCUGGUGAGGGACAUAAUAUCCAGCAGCACAGCGUGGUGCUUGUUAGGGGAGGACGAGCGCAGGAUUGUCCUGGUGUGAGAUAUCACUUGGUGAGAGGAGCGUUGGAUCUGGGUGGUGUUGCAAACAGAACGACGAGCAGGAGUAAAUACGGUACCAAGAAGCCCAAGAAGGCCACCGUGGGUUAAAGGACAAUAAAACGAAACAACCAAGACACAAAUCUCUUUUAUUAUCCGGAGCUGAGCAGAAUAUUGGUUAGACACUGUAUAAACGACCAUAGAUCAAGACGGAUGAGA